AUGGCCGACGAAGCAGAAGCGCAGCCGAUGGAGGUGCAGGACGUCAAGGCGGAACGCGAUGAAGAAGCGAUUCCGCCGGCCGCCGACGAUGAGCGAGCAGCCGAGAGCGCGCCCGCUGACACUGAUGGCGAGCUAAAGGAGGAGCCCCAACCGCCGCAGGACGCCGACAGCACCACCACGAAAGACCAGGAGUCCGCCAGCCAGCCGGCCGUCGCGGUGGUCGCUGCGGCCGCUCAAGCUCCGCCGAUCCCCACCCGCCAAUACCUCGACCACACCGUUGUGCCGAUUCUGAUGGAAGGACUAGGCGCCCUGGCGAAGGCGAGGCCUCAAGACCCGGUGAAGUUCCUCGCCGAGUUCCUCAUCCGCGAGAAGCCCCGCUUCGCCCCCAGCGUCCCGGUGUCGAAU